AUGAAGCUCGGCUACUUGGAGGGCUCUAUGCUGGACGAUCUUGGCAUACGUGCGGAGUCCCGCCGCCCAACACUGAAACUAGAUGAAAAGGGCUUUGAGGUCUCAGGGCCACGACCCAGCAGCAGAACAUCCUUACGGCCAGGCAGCAACCAGAGCCAAAGGGGUUUCCAGAAGGAAACACUGAACUCAUUGAGCCGGACCACAUCCAAAGACAGGCCAGCAUCGCAAGGACGAGUGUCCCUGAAGGGGACCCGUGAGGGCAAGCUGCAGCGAUCGUCUUCCAGGGAAGCAUCACUUCAUCAGCCGAGCACGCCUGGAGCAGUCGAAGCAGAGUUUGUUCCAAGUUGGCAACCUUUGGAGUGGACACGCCCGCCUCAAAAAGAUGUUCGCAGAGAAGGAGCUUCGGUGUACUCUGUUAGCACACCUGCCACACAGGGCGCCAGAGAGCACCAGCCACACCUUGUGCGCACGACUCGCAUAGAGCCUGCGGCCAAGGGAUAUGCGAACAAGCGUCCGCCUGUGCCUCCAAAGAAGGCUGAGCAGAUCGUUGUGACCGAGCAAGACUUGCGUCGCUGCGGCAGUGACCUGCAGAAGCUACGUGAGUGUAGCAUCAGUAUGCCAUCUAAGCCCGUGGAAGUGGUGAUGAAACACACUCCCGUCGAAGAAACUCAGAAGUUCGAGCUAUCCUUCAAGAGCAACUUCGCGAAAAUCUGCCGUGAAAGCGCCGACCCAAGGGAUCCUUGGGAGGGCUUGGGCCACCCAGACGAGCUCCGAGAGCUGACUGUGGAAGAUCUUGUCCUGAACCAGGUCUACAUCCACGCGCUCUCCCCGCGCAAGAUCGAGUUCGAUGUAAAUAACUCUGGCUCCCCAGAGCAGGGGACCAGGAAGCCCAAGCUGUUGCGGAGUGCCAGUGCUUCGACAAGGGCCAGCUCCGCGGAUGUUGGGUUGCAGACCUGGCCGACGGAUGAUCGUCGCGAGGGCUUCAGCCGGCGGGUGCCACGAGUGCGCCUUCGGCCUGGUCUUCCACCCAGGGGCGGAAAGCGGGCAUCCAGCGUCCCACGAGACUCCAUGGAAGGGGUGGAGGGCGGCAAGGCCGCAAGGCGUGAGGGCCAGGGCCCAAUUCAGCCGAUCAGCACCGACACUCCCCGAACGUCUCGGGAAGACGAGACUCCGCCACACAAGCGAGCCAUGAGGAGCUUUCUGAAGGGCGCGGCGAGCCGUGGGGAAACGCGAGCUGUCUGGUUGGCGCUUGACCGAGACACUGGCGAAGUCCAAGCCUUCAAGAAGGAAGCGGGGAAGCGCUUGGAAGCUGCUUUCCGCACUGGCCGGACAAGCGUUCCGCUGGCUGGCUUGGAGGACGCACUAGAAGGAGCAAUUGUGGCCUUCGACAAGACCUCUCAAAGCUUCGCACAUGUACGCCACAUGGAUGGAACUGAAGCAGACGUCCAGCGCUUUGAAGUCACGGCGUACAGUUCCGAGAUGGCUGUUGGAUUGGUUGGACCGCCUCACGGCGCCAAUGUGUGGCGGUUUGCAAGGGACGAUGAGACUGGCCACGACAGGCCUCUCCGCCUUGUGGGCACCGAGUUGGUGAGCCCGCCGUCGCCAACGCUGCCGCCUGUGAGUCGAAAUCGGCAGGUGUACUAUAUCAACGCUGCUCGGAUGCAGUGUUGCUUAUACUUGGAGGAUCAUGGGACUUAG